AUGGCGAAAAUUAACAAAUUACUUACAUUUUUUAUAGCGUUCAUAUUUCAAGUAUCACUAAUUAAUAGUUUGCAAAUAUAUUUAUCCUUAAAACCUAAUUUACCAAAAUGCAUAAAAGAAAGAAUAAGUAAAGAUACACUUGUAGUUGGAAAAUUCAAGACCCAUGAAAAAGAUUCAGUAGUUUCUGUAUUUAUAUAUGACAUUGAUGUAAAUGAAAAAAAAUUGAAUUCCCUUGAUAGGCUUCCUAUUUUUGAAGCCAUUGAUGAGCAUGAUAUAAAAACAGCAUUCACAACAUUUUAUUCUACUUCUUAUUCAUUUUGUGCAUAUAACAAAUCCAACAAAGUUGUUGAUAUUUAUUUUGAAAUAAAACAUGGAGUUGAAGCACGGGAUUAUACAAAAAUAGCCAAGGCUGAUCAUUUAAAUGAAGCAACUAUUACUUUAAAACAAAUUUUAAAUUCUAUGAAAAAUUUCCAAUCUAAUUUAAAAAGGAUUAAACUAUCAGAAGAAAACGAAAAAAAGUCCAGUGAAAAAUUAAAUGAUACAUUAAUGUGGUUUUCAAUUUUAACUAUUGUUAUUAUUAUCAUAGCAGCUUUGACACAAGAUUUCUAUUAUAAAAGAUUUUUUACAUCAAAAAAAAUUAUAUAA